UAAAAACCAUUCAAUCUCUCUUCUUUCUUCACAUUUGCCCGUUCCAUUGCAUUCCACCAUUUGUCCACAUUCUCUUUGUUGUAUUGGCCAACCAUGGAAGCCAGUGCUGGCUUGGUUGCUGGCUCUCAUAAUCGGAAUGAGCUCGUUCUCAUCCGUGGCCAUGAAGAGCCGAAACCGAUAAGGGCAUUGAAUGGGCAAGUGUGUGAGAUAUGCGGGGACGAAGUCGGUAUGACAGUGGAUGGAGAUCUUUUUGUAGCUUGUGAUGAGUGCGGCUUCCCGGUGUGCCGGCCUUGCUAUGAGUAUGAGAGAAGGGAAGGGACACAAAUGUGUCCCCAGUGCAAGACUAGAUAUAAACGUCUUAAAGGGAGUCCGAGAGUGGAAGGCGAUGAAGAUGAAGAAGACAUUGAUGAUAUCGAGCAUGAGUUCAAGAUCGAAGAUGAAGAGCAAAACAAAAGAGAACAUCAUCAGCAACAGCAGCUGCAAAACAGGCAUAUCACAGAGGCAAUGCUGUAUGGAAAAAUGAGUUAUGGUAGGGGUCCUGAAAAUGGUGACAGUAGUCCACCUCAAUUUCCUCCAAUUAUAACUGCAAGAUCUAGACCUGUGAGUGGAGAACUUCCACUGAUGUCCAAUGGCCAUAACUAUGGAGAUUUCUCAUCAACACUUCAUAAGCGUGUUCAUCCUUAUCCAGUGUCUGAACCUGAAGUUGGGAGUGCAAGGUGGGAUGAGAAGAAGGAAAUGGGGUGGAGGGAUAGGAUGGAUGAGUGGAAAUCCAAACAAGGCCUUCUUGGUGGUGAUCCUGAUGAUAUGGAUCCUGAUAUGCCUAUAAUGGAUGAAGCUAGGCAACCAUUAUCAAGAAAGGUUCCUAUUGCCUCAAGCAAGAUCAAUCCUUACCGAAUGAUCAUCAUCAUCCGACUAGUAGUCCUCGGCUUUUUCCUUCGAUAUCGGAUUCUCAACCCAGUUCCUGACGCUAUAGGCCUAUGGCUCACCUCAAUCAUAUGCGAGAUUUGGUUUGCUGUUUCAUGGAUACUUGAUCAGUUCCCCAAAUGGUUUCCCAUCGAUCGUGAGACUUACCUCGAUCGCCUUUCUCUAAGAUAUGAGAGGGAAGGAGAGCCUUCAAUGUUAGCACCAGUGGACCUAUUUGUGAGUACAGUGGACCCAUUGAAGGAGCCACCUCUAGUCACGGCAAACACAGUGUUAUCAAUCUUAGCAGUGGAUUACCCUGUUGACAAAGUAUCAUGCUAUGUAUCUGAUGAUGGUGCUUCAAUGCUUACAUUUGAAGCUCUAGCAGAAACAUCAGAAUUUGCAAGGAAAUGGGUACCAUUUUGUAAGAAAUUCAGCAUUGAGCCUAGAGCUCCGGAGAUGUAUUUCUCACUCAAGGUAGAUUAUCUCAAAGAUAAAGUUCAGCCGACUUUUGUUAAAGAACGCCGCGCAAUGAAGAGAGAAUACGAAGAGUUCAAAGUGAGGAUCAAUGCGUUGGUGGCCAAGGCCACGAAAGUGCCUCCAGAAGGGUGGAUCAUGCAGGAUGGGACUCCAUGGCCGGGGAACAACACCCGGGAUCACCCCGGCAUGAUCCAAGUUUUUUUGGGCCAUAGCGGAGGGCAUGACAGUGAAGGCAAUGAGCUUCCCCGUCUCGUAUAUGUAUCUCGUGAGAAGAGGCCCGGGUUUCAGCACCACAAGAAGGCCGGCGCUAUGAAUGCUCUGAUUCGGGUUUCUGCUGUGCUUACUAAUGCACCAUUCAUGCUCAACUUGGAUUGUGAUCACUAUAUCAACAACAGCAAAGCUAUCAGAGAAGCAAUGUGCUUCUUAAUGGAUCCACAAGUUGGUAAGAAGGUGUGCUAUGUUCAGUUCCCUCAGAGGUUUGAUGGCAUUGACAAAAAUGAUCGAUACGCCAACCGGAAUACUGUCUUCUUUGAUAUUAACAUGAAGGGACUAGAUGGAAUUCAAGGCCCAGUGUAUGUCGGUACCGGAUGUGUAUUUAGACGACAAGCUUUAUAUGGCUACAACCCUCCCAAGGGACCGAAACGCCCAAAAAUGGUGACUUGUGACUGCUGCCCUUGCUUCGGCAGCCGCAAGAAGCAUACUAAGCAUGGGGAUGGCCAAUUCACAGCCGAACCAGCAAUGGAAGACGACGAUAAGGAAAUGCUGAUGUCUCAGAUGAACUUUGAGAAAAGAUUCGGGCAGUCGGCCGCAUUCGUUACAUCGACUCUAAUGGAGGAAGGAGGAGUUCCUCCUUCUUCAAGCCCUGCAGCCCUGCUCAAAGAAGCCAUACAUGUCAUCAGCUGUGGCUACGAAGACAAGACUGAAUGGGGAUUGGAAUUGGGUUGGAUCUAUGGUUCAAUCACAGAGGACAUUCUCACUGGCUUCAAGAUGCAUUGCAGAGGGUGGAGGUCUAUAUAUUGCAUGCCGAAGAGACCUGCAUUCAAGGGAUCAGCACCAAUCAAUCUCUCCGAUCGGCUUAACCAGGUUCUUCGAUGGGCUCUCGGUUCGGUCGAGAUCUUUUUCAGUAGACACAGUCCAGUGUGGUAUGGUUACAAAAAAGGCCAUCUCAAAUGGCUUGAGAGGUUCGCCUAUGUCAACACCACCAUCUACCCUUUUACCUCACUUCCUCUCCUUGCCUACUGCACCCUCCCUGCCGUGUGUUUGCUCACCGGAAAAUUUAUCAUGCCAACGAUUAGUACAUUUGCAAGUCUGUUCUUCAUUGGCCUCUUUAUCUCAAUAUUUGCCACCGGAAUUUUAGAACUCCGGUGGAGCGGAGUGAGCAUCGAAGAAUGGUGGAGGAAUGAACAAUUCUGGGUCAUCGGUGGUGUUUCCGCCCACCUCUUCGCUGUCAUUCAAGGCCUCCUCAAAGUCUUAGCAGGCAUUGAUACCAACUUCACUGUUACAUCCAAGGCUUCGGAUGACGAAGAUUUCGGUGAGCUAUAUGCAUUCAAAUGGACAACUCUACUGAUCCCUCCUACCACCUUACUAGUUAUAAACCUUGUCGGAGUUGUUGCCGGAGUAUCUGAUGCAAUUAACAAUGGAUAUCAAUCUUGGGGGCCAUUGUUUGGGAAACUCUUCUUUGCAUUUUGGGUGAUUGUUCAUCUGUAUCCAUUCCUCAAAGGGUUGAUGGGAAGGCAGAACAGGACUCCAACCAUUGUUGUCAUUUGGUCUGUGCUUCUUGCGUCCAUUUUCUCACUGCUUUGGGUCAGGAUUGAUCCAUUUGUGCUCAAAUCCAAAGGACCUGAUGUGAAGCAAUGUGGCAUUAAUUGCUGAUCAUGUGCUACAGAGUCUCUUGUUCUGCUUUAUUUGUUACAAGUGUUUGUGAUUGAUAGGUUCCGUCUCUGAGUUGUGUAAAUGUCAAUCAAAGUGUUUGGACAUGAACUAAGUUUUGGAAAUUUAUAAGAAAGUUGUUGGAUGUCUUUAUUUGAGUUUU